GUGGCUUAUGGGUAACUGAGUCCUCGGUGUGCUGCUGUAAGGGGGAGGGAAAAGACUUGAGACUCGGUGUUUGUGCAGAUGCGAGUGAACGAGCAGGAAUCCAGCGGCUGGAGGACUUUUUCUCUUCGAGCGAAACUCGUGAAUGUUUUCUCGCCUGGAGCCUGAGGCGAGGACGGAGAAGAAGAAGAAAAAGAAGAAGAAGAAGAAGGAGGGAGGGAGGAGGAGGAGGACAGAUGCGAAAAUGCGAGAAGAAAUCCAGGAAGAGAGCGAGGGGAGCUUAUUAAAGAUUCAGCGCGGGAGAACAGACGUUGUCGCCCGUCCAGAGCUGUGGCAGCACCGGGGGUAAACUCACGACACUCACCGGGCUCCGGGCGUCAGCGAAUGGGCUGAAACGAAGCGGAGUUUUGUGGAAGAAGCGAGUCCGAAGUGGGGUUUUUUUUAAAAGCAGAGACCCAAAGGGAAGGGGAGGAGAGGGGGCGAAGAAAACGCCCUGCUGCCGCUGCCUGUUGCUGCGGUGUCCAAAUUCAAACUUUAUCGCCGAGUUUGGGGGAAAAUGUCUCCUCCAUUCAACUGAGGGUGAAAUUCAAAUGUAAACUUUAUUAGCCGAACCGCUGGCUGACAGAGGGCCCGCUCACUUUGCCACUUUUGUCGUGUGUGGAGUGUUUUCCUCGCGCUGGGAGUAUUUUCAUUGUGCACUGUAUUCCUGUUGGAGGCGAGUUGGGUGGGCUGUGAGCCCGGGGCUGCUCCGCUAGGCCCACGGCCAUUAACCCAGGAACAAAGAGGGUUCCCAUGUAAGAAAAACUUCAAUCAAUUACUCCCAUCUCUACGAGGUUUGUUAAAAACGAGCGCAGUCAUGUCGCUGGGCGCCGAGAGGAGGAUGGAAACCCGGCUGAAGAAGCUGGAGGGCAUGAUCCGAGACCCCCGCUCCUCAGUCAACCUGGAAAGUUUGCUGGACUCCAUGAACGCCCUGGUCUUAGACUUGGACUAUCCAGCACUACGCAAGAACAAAAACAUUGAAACCUUCCUAAACAGAUAUGAGAAAGUAAUAGGACAAAUUCGAGACCUCCAGAUGAAGUCUGAAGACUUUGACAGAGUUAAAGUCAUCGGUCGAGGGGCAUUUGGUGAAGUCCAACUGGUCAGACAUAAAGCCUCUCAGAAGGUUUAUGCCAUGAAGCUGCUGAGCAAGUUUGAGAUGAUUAAGCGCUCAGACUCCGCCUUUUUUUGGGAGGAGAGGGACAUAAUGGCGUUCGCCAACAGUCCAUGGGUUGUGCAGUUGUGCUGUGCCUUCCAAGAUGAGCACUACCUCUACAUGGUGAUGGAGUACAUGCCAGGAGGUGACUUGGUCAACCUCACCAGCACCUACGACGUGCCAGAGAAAUGGGCCAAGUUCUACACAGCGGAGGUGGUGAUGGCCCUAGAUGCCAUUCACUCAAUGGGCUUCAUCCACCGUGACGUCAAGCCAGACAACAUGCUGCUAGAUGGACAUGGACACCUCAAGCUGGCUGACUUCGGAACGUGCAUGAAGAUGGACACUACUGGCAUGGUGCAUUGUGACACAGCUGUCGGGACUCCAGACUACAUCUCUCCCGAGGUGCUCAAGUCCCAGGGUGGAGAUGGUUAUUAUGGGAGAGAAUGUGACUGGUGGUCUGUUGGGGUCUUCAUCUUCGAGAUGCUUGUUGGUGACACACCAUUCUACGCUGACUCUCUGGUGGGAACGUACAGUAAGAUAAUGGACCAUAAGAACUCUUUAAACUUUCCUGAUGAUGUGGAGAUCUCCAAAGAUGCCAAGAAUAUCAUCUGUGCCUUCUUGACUGACAGGGAGGUGCGAUUGGGCAGGAAUGGUGUGGAGGAAAUCAAGCGGCAUCCUUUCUUUAAGAACGACCAGUGGACCUUUGACACCAUCAGAGACACGGUUGCUCCUGUGGUCCCAGAGCUGAGCAGUGACAUAGACACCAGCAACUUUGAUGAGAUUGAAGAUGACAAAGGCGAUGUAGAAACUUUUCCCACACCUAAAGCCUUUGUUGGAAAUCAGUUACCCUUUGUUGGCUUCACUUACUUCAAAGAAGAUCAAUUACUAAAAUCCUGCAACAAUUCCUCUGUGACCCACGAGAAUGCGAAAGGAGAGUCGGCAGCAUUGCAGAAGAAACUUCGCCACGUAGAGGUGCAGCUGAAUAAUGAGAAGCAGGUCAAAGACGAACUGGAGCACAAAUUCAGAGCUGCCACUAGUCGUCUGGACAAAAUCUCUAAAGAACUUGAGGACGAGGUGAGCGGGAGAAAGAACCUGGAGUCGAGUCUGAGGCAGCUGGAGAGAGAAAAGGCCCUGCUGCAGCACAAGAGCCUGGAGAGUCACCGAAAGGCUGAGAGCGAGGCGGACAGGAAGCGCUGCCUGGAGAAUGAAGUCAACAGCCUACGAGAUCAGCUGGAUGACAUGAAGAGAAGAAACCAGAAUUCACACAUUUCCAAUGAGAAGAACAUUCACCUACAGAAACAGCUGGAAGAGGCCAACACGCUGCUGCGGGCCGAGUCCGAGGCAGCGACGAGGCUACGUAAAGCCCAGACGGAGAACAGCAAGCAGCUGCAGCAGUUGGAGGCCAACGUACGCGAGCUGCAGGACAAAUGCUGCCUGCUGGAGCGCAGCAAGCUGAGUCUGGAGAAGGAAUGCAUCAGCCUGCAGGCGGCUCUGGAGACGGAGAGGAGGGAGCACAGCCAGGGCUCAGAGACCAUCAGUGACCUCAUGGGUGGGUUAAACACACAUUUUUUAGCUAAGACAUGCACUGAGCUUUUUCCUGAAAUUUUCAGAGGGGCUGAAAAGAGCAACAAAGAGAUUGAUUUGACCUACAAGCUGAAGGUGCUGCAGCAGGAGCUGGAGCAGGAGCAGACGUCUCAUAAGGCCACCAGGGCAAUGCUGGCAGAUAAGAGCAAGAUCAAAGUUACCAUCGAGGGCGCCAAGUCAGAGUCCAUGAAGGAGAUGGAGCAGAAGCUGGCGGAGGAGCGAGCAGCCAAAAUGCGUCUGGAGAACAGAAUCCUGGACCUGGAGAAACACAGCAGCAUGAUGGACUGUGACUAUAAACAGGCUUUACAGAAACUGGAUGAGCUGCGAAGACACAAGGACCGCCUCACUGAGGAGGUGAAGAACUUGACCCUGAAGAUCGAGCAGGAGACCCAGAAGAGAACCCUGACUCAGAACGACUUGAAGGUUCAGAACCAGCAGCUCAAUGCUCUGAAAACCUCAGAGAAACAGCUCAAACAGGAAACCAACCACCUGCUGGACAUAAAACGCAGCUUGGAGAAACAAAAUCAGGAGCUGCGCAAAGAACGACAGGACACAGACGGGCAAAUGAAGGAGUUACAGGACCAGUUAGAAGCCGAACAGUAUUUUUCUACAUUGUAUAAGACCCAGGUGCGUGAACUGAAGGAAGAGUGUGAGGAGAGGAACAAACUCCACAAAGAUGUUCAGCAGUCUGUGCAGGAGUUUCAAGAGGAGAGGGACUCAUUGGCGGCUCAGCUUGAGAUCACUCUGACAAAAGCAGACUCAGAGCAACUGGCGCGCUCCAUCGCAGAGGAGCAGUACUCCGACCUGGAGAAGGAGAAAAUAAUGAAGGAGCUGGAACUGAAGGAAAUGAUGGCCCGGCAUCGCCAAGAGCUCAGCGAGAAGGACAUCACCAUCAGUUCGUUGGAAGAGGCCAAUCGCACCCUGACCAGUGACGUCGCCAACCUUGCUAAUGAGAAGGAGGAGCUGAACAACAAACUGAAGGAGGCAAUAGAAGAGUCAAAUAAUUCAAAGGACUGGGAGCAACUGAUCGCCAACAAUAAGCUGUCGUUUGAGAAGCAGCUGCAGUCUGAGAGGACGCUGAAAACUCAGGCCGUCAAUAAGCUGGCAGAGAUCAUGAAUAGGAAGGAGGUCCGUGGUGGAGGCAGUCGCCGUGGUAAUGACACAGACAUGCGGCGAAAGGAGAAGGAGAACAGGAAGCUGCAGCUGGAGCUGAGGUCGGAGAAGGAGAAGCUCAACAGCACCAUCAUCAAAUACCAGAGAGAGAUCAAUGAGAUGCAAGCGCAACUGGCCGAUGAGAGCCAGAUGCGUAUCGAGCUGCAGAUGGCCCUGGACAGUAAGGACAGCGAUAUCGAGCAGCUGAGGAACCUCCUGCAGUCGCUCAGCGUUCAAUCAAUGGACUCAGCCAGUGUCAGCAGUGGACCAGACUUUGAUACUGAUGAUGCGUACACAGAAACAAGACUUGAAGGUUGGCUCUCUCAUCCUGUGAGAAACAACACCAAGAAGUUUGGAUGGGUGAAAAAGUACGUUGUAGUGAGCAGCAAGAAGAUUCUCUUCUACAACAGUGAGCAGGACAGAGAGCAGUCCAUCCCCUACAUGGUGCUGGAUAUAGACAAACUCUUCCAUGUGAGGCCUGUCACUCAAACCGAUGUGUACCGCGCCGACGCCAAAGAGAUUCCCAGGAUAUUCCAGAUUCUUUAUGCCAAUGAAGGGGAGAGCAAAAAGGAGCCUGAGUUUCCUGUGGAGCCGCUGGCCAUUGGAGAGAAGUCCAGCUACAUCUGCCACAAGGGCCACGAGUUCAUCCCCACGCUCUACCACUUCCCCACCAACUGCGAGGCUUGCACCAAGCCGCUGUGGAACAUGUUCAAGCCGCCUCCGGCUCUGGAGUGCCGGCGCUGCCACAUCAAGUGCCACAAGGACCACAUGGACAAGAAGGAGGAGAUCAUUGCUCCCUGCAAAGUAAACUACGAUGUGUCAACGGCCAAAAACCUGCUGCUGCUCGCCGUGUCCCAGGAGGAGCAGCAGAAGUGGGUGAGCCGGCUGGUCAAGAAGAUUCCCAAGAAGCCUCCGCCGCCAGAGCACUUUGCACGCUCCUCGCCACGCGCCUCCAUGAAGGUGCAGCCCAGCCAGUCCAUGAGGAGGCCCAGUCGACAGAUCCCCACCAGCAAGAGCAGAUUGUCCUUUUUGAAUACGCUGAAAAACUGGCCACUGUUACCAGAAAGGUCAAACGUUCCCCUAAAGCAGUGUUCAUGUUGCCAUGAUUUUUAAAAGUUAACCUUGCUUGGGAGUGUGGUGCAUCUUCGAGGUGGUGGGAUGUGUUUCCUCCUAAAUCAAAGACUGUGUAUACAAAGCUCUGUUUGCAGACCAGCACACUGAACUCCACAUCACUUCUCCACAACCCUCACCCCCCCCCUGUCCUGCUUCAGCCUGUGACAGUCACAAAGUCUGUUUUCCCUUUUCAUCAAACUUCAGCCGUCGAAUUAUUAGCUGAAGUCUUCUCCCAGGCCGAGACGAGAACAAAUCAGUGUCUCUGAGGGGAGGGAGCUGGAGGAGCACGUUCGGAUCCCACACAACACGAGAGAGCUCUUAUAAACUCGACUCGAGGGCUGACAAGAAGGGGAUAUACUUACCUCAACACUUCUCACCAAGACACGCUGCCUGAGUUAAGGACCCAGCAGGAAAACUCUCGACUCCGCUUUUGGGAAAUCUCGUGGCCAAAUAAGAAAAAGGACAUUUUUGUGUGUUAAAUGAUUGUUACGGUUUUAAUGGGGGAACACUACACUCAGAAGAUAGUAAAUUCUGUAUUUAGUCCACCCACAGUUGAGCUUGAUCCCAGAUACAGUAUCUGUACUUAUUCAAACUCUUUAACAUUGAUUGUAGCUUCCUGCUUCUCACCAUUCUGCUUUCAGGGGCGUGUCCACACUGGGUCGCAGAAACUUGAAUGAGGUACUAAGAGCGAACAAGCUGUGACUUCUGGGAAAGUCAGCGAGGCGGGGGAAGGAGUGUGUGAUUCCUCGCGGAUUCGAGCAGACUACUCCCGGAGUGCCUCUCAUUCAGAUUUCUGAUUGUGGCGCGCUCUGAAUCACUGGAUUGCUGUCGUUUGUCGUGACUCCAGUAACGGUUACAAGUGAACACAAUCCUGCUCUGAAUGGCAUUAGAUGGAGAUCCUCACAAUCCCAUAAUCAAACCUGCACUGUGGGCUCUGAGGGUUGAUGUUUACUGAAUUCUGGGGGGGGGGGUGCACCGUUCAUGCUUCUCUGAUCCGAGCUCGGCUCCGUUGAUGUUUUUUGAAUGUACAUCUGGGCAUAUACCAGAGAUGACACACAGGCAUUGUAUUACUUCCAAAUAUACUUGACUGAAGCCUCCUUUCAUCACCAACUGCUCUGAGUGAACCUGCAUGUGUUUUGCCUUUUCAGGCCUCACACUUGAGUGCUGUCACCCACAGGCCUCCACCUGUUAAACCUAGUUUUUUUUAAGUCAUUCCUCACAGUGAGAAACGAGGGGAAUUUAUCAAAGAGAAGCAGAAACAUUGAAGGUAUGCAAACAUGUCCCAUCAGUCCAAAUACUGAGCAGCACUAUUCCAUUGAACGUUUUUUUUAAGUGUUUGUCCUGAUAUUUUUGUAUUAAAAGUAACCAAACUCUGA